CGACGGCCGCCGCUCUUCUCCAUUUCAAAUUCCAAACCCGUUCCAUCCCCUUCUCCGCUCCUCGACGCAACCAAUCGCCGUGUCCUUCAACUCGAAGCUCGCCCCGCGUUCCUCGCCCCCACCAGUUCCCGCUCCCGCCCACGAUGUCGACGCGUGAGGAGUGGAGCAUGUCCGACUUCGAGAUCGGCAAGUACAUCGGUGAGGGCAAGUUCGGCAAGGUCUACCUCGCCCGCGAGAAGCAGAGCGGGUACGUUGUGGCGCUCAAGGUGAUAUUUAAGGCGAAACUGGAGAAGUACCGCUUCCACGCGCACCUGCGGCGGGAGAUCGAGAUCCAGCACAGUCUCGACCACCCCAACGUGCUCCGCCUCUUCACCUGGUUCCACGACGAAGAGCGAGUCGUCCUCGUUCUCGAGUACGCGGCCCGUGGCGAGCUCUACAAGGUCCUCCGCGCUGCUGGCCGCUUCACCGAGCGCACGUCUGCCACAUAUGUCGCGAGCCUUGCUGGUGCAUUGGCAUACUGCCACAAGAAGCAAGUCAUCCACAGGGACAUCAAGCCUGAGAAUUUGCUACUAGACAUUGAGGGCCGGCUUAAAAUUGCAGAUUUUGGAUGGGCAGCUCGUUCAAAUGCUAAGCGACACACACUCUGUGGCACAAUCGAUUAUCUGGCACCAGAGAUGGUAGAGAAAAAAGCUCAUGACCAUGCUGUGGACAACUGGACACUAGGAAUCUUGUGCUAUGAGUUCUUAUAUGGUUCACCUCCUUUUGAAGCUGAUGAACAGGAUGAUACCUUGAGAAGGAUAGUUAAGGUGGAUUUGGCAUUCCCUUCAACUCCUCAUGUAUCUUCAGAGGCUAAGGAUCUCAUUUCCAAGCUGCUAGUUAAGGAUUCAAGCAAGAGGCUUUGUCUUGAAGACAUUAUGAAACAUCCAUGGAUAAAGAAGAAUGCAGACCCUUCAGGAAGUUGCAUUAAGCAAAAAGAUGUAACAAGAGCAAAGGUAAGCGAUAAGUGAAUAUGCAAGAUAUCUUCUGGGCGUGGUGUUCUUGAUCCUUGGAGAUAAUCAGAUAACCAUGUGGUUUAGUGUCAGGAGAAGCCAGCCGUAUCGAAGUUGUUAAACUUCUGUUGUUUGCCUCUUCUGGGGAAGCAAUUAACCUUGGCUUUUGUGGGGAUGCAGUAGUUCCAUAUUUUUCCGGUCCCUCUGUGAUCAAAUAUGUGAAUGUUUGGCGGGUGGGUGCUUUUAUUUGGCUACUAUGAAAUUGUUGACAUUGUAAUUUCAUUGCUUCAUUGAUGAAACUUGGGUUUACCUUUUUCGAAAAACACAAUAGUGUUCUCUGAUGACUGCUGGGUAUGAAAAAAUAUAAGUUAAUUUUAUUUUA